UUGACCGCUACUGCCCAGGGUGAAUUAUUAGCCUGAGCCCCUGAGCUGACCGGUGGCCCAGCGCGCUCACUGAGCCUGACCCAUGGCCCGGCGCGCUCCCUUCGCCUCCCUCUGGUCGCGCGACGACGUGCGCACCGCAGUAGUCGAUUUCUUGCCGACGAAAGCCAUCGCGGUGCUCCCCGUCGUCGCCAAGCCGCUGCGCGCGGUCCAGACGUCCUUGCUUAUUACGGCGAUACGCCGCCGCGGCAAGACCACCGUCCCGAGUCCUCAGACGACGCGCGGCGCGUUGCUCGACGCGCUGCUGGUUGGCGAGCCGCAGCACUUUUGCGAGAGGUGGGAGCGAGGCUUGGAGCAAUGGAGCGAAGACUCGCCUGAUGCGUAUACGGUCAAUGUGUUUCCGUCGCACGAAGGUGGCUUCGUCAGGCUCGAUAGGGAUUUGGAGGAUGAUUUAGGAGGUCACGAAAAGGCACUUACUCACCACUUCCGUGGCGAAAAUCUGCUCGUGACGCGACUCCGGGUGAAACUGGGCUUUGUGGAUUGUGAGCAAGAGGGCGCGGCGGGCUACGCAUCACUCUGUGGUCCUAACGUGCAGUCGGGCGAUGAUGAGGAUGUUGCCCAAUGGGAUGAUUUUAUGGCAGGUCCUAUGUUUAAUAACGACGAGGGAAACGCAUUUUCACUCAUGUGGUUGGCAGGGAAAAGGGGUAAUUCUCGAAUUCUCAUCGAUGCUGUGACGGCUGAAACAUUUUAUGAGGUCGAUGCGCUCGUCCAUCAUGAAUCGGUGACGUCGGGCGUGGGCAAAGUCGAUAUUUUGGUCAACGGGCUGCUAGUCGCCCGGGACAUGGAAUUUUUCUACAGGCCACUCUCGUCGCUUCACCUGUACAACUAUUCGACUAGUACAUCAAAAAUUGGAGAAAUUGAGGUAUGGUACGAAAAGGCUGCGCCGAAUCAGGUCUGGUCAACUGGACCUGGGGAGGCGUCAGACCGGGACGACGACUCGGAGUCGGAGGCAGAUAUGAUGUAAUACAAACAACAUAAAUUA